AUGCGGACGACGUCGUCGACAGAGAGCAAGGCUCUGCUGCCCUCGACAGCGCCACUGGCUGGCGUCGCCACCGGCGGAAGGAGGAGAACGCCGCCGGCUACGGGGACGAGCAGAGCAAGAUCAGGGAGUGGCCCCGCUGCCGCAGAAGGCGCGGCGGGCGUGGGAGGAGCCGGUGCUACCUCGUCGUUGGCCUCGACGUCGCCACCGAGUGACUUGGCACAGACAGGGCUGGCGACCGAGUGCGAGUGGUCCAUGGACCAGCAGCUGGAGACCAACGAGCGGCACCGGAGCAAGCGCAAGGGCGCAGUCAACGGGAACUCGGUGCUCCUGCGCCGGCUGCUGGCUAGAGCAGCCGAGGUGCGAAAGCAGUACGAGGAGGUUGCCGUAGCGACCGAGCUGGAGAGCGCGUCGCUCGGCUCGGCGGCGUCCAAGUCCAAGUCGGCUCGCUCGCGGGCGCGGGCCAAGGCGCGGGCGGCCAUCCGGGCAUCGCGGGCCAAGGCCGCCAAGGAGAUGCGCACGCAGGCGAGACGACAGGCAGCGGCGCGGCUGGUGGCGUCGCCAGCCACGCUGCCGCGCGACGGCUGGCGCAAGUGCGUCCUGCCCGGGUGCGCCGACCUGGCUUUUCCGUCGUCGCGCGAGCUGUGGAACCACGUGCUCCGGGCACACCAGCCAGGCGUAGGCAUUCCGGCCUCGCUCUACUACUCGUACGCGCGGCGGUUUUGGCUCGACGCAGCGGCGGACGACGCCGACUCGGCGGCAGACGACGCUGUCGACGACGCCAUUGCGCUCAGCCGCGAGCUUCAGGUGCGGCGACGGGCCGACUGGGAACUGCCAACGCACGCGAAGCGGUACGGCUGCACCUGGCCCAAGUGCGGGUACUCGACUGACUUCAAGUCGCUGCUCGAGCUCCACGGCUCAUUCCAUGCCCCGCUCCACGACUACGGCUGCCAGUGGAUCGGGUGCUCGUACACAUGUGCGUUCCGGUCUUCGCUCCGCUCGCACGUCCGCGCCCACCACGCCACCCUGGCUAUGCACCUCUCGUGGGUGCGGGUGUGGAGCCAGUCGCUCGAUGCGAGCCAGCCGCGGGUUGCCGCUGCCGCCCGAGCCUCGUUCUCGUCGUCGCCGGCGGUUUACUCGGACGAUGGCCGCAGUGGCGGCUUUUUGGACAACGACGACGGCGACGACGAGGCCGAGACUGCGAUGCGGCGGAGUAAGCGCAAGAGCCGGACGGGGAGCAGCGGAACCGGUAGCAGCGGUGAUGACGACCGCAAUCCGCGACCGCGUAAGGUGGCGCGCCCGCUGGUGGUGGCGCGACCACAGCACGCGAGCGGCUCAGGCUCCGGUUCCGGGCAGCUUGUGUCGCUGCCGCCGCUUCCGGCGACGCCGUCGCGGUUUACACGGGCGCUGGUACCGCCGUCGACGCCCAAGCCCAAUGCCGAGCAGGAUCUCGUGGCUGUUGGCUGGGUGUACGACCUCGGGCUUGUGGGCAAGGCCGAGUGA